GUGGGGCUCUUCCCGGCCUAUACUAAUACGUAGCCGCGGCCUCUUCGGAGGUUAACACGCUUAACCAUCCUAAUCCACUUUUACAGUCAAGACAGAAGAAGCUGAGCAGGAGGAAUCACCUCCCGAGGAGGCGGCGUCCUUGGUCGGCAUGGACAGCCGGAGCGAGCGUGAGUCGUGCUGCCUGAAAGGCGUGAGGCACCUCUCCGACAGCGGCGUUACCAGGCUUCCAGACCGGUACGUCCUGCCGGCCUCCGACCGCCCCGGCGCCGGCGGCGGACUCUGCAGCAGGGCGAAGCUCCCCGUCGUGAACCUCGCGCGCCUCCGUGACCCCUCCGAGCGCGCCGCCGUGCUGGAGACGCUCGACGCCGCGUGCCGCGACUACGGAUUCUUUCAGGUAGUGGACCAUGGGGUGGAGCGCGAGGUGAUCGGCGGGAUGCUGGACGUGGCGCGGCGGUUCUUCGAGCUGCCGUUGGCGGAGCGGGAGCGGUACAUGUCGUCAGACGUGUGGGCGACGGUGAGGUACGGCACCAGCUUCAACCAGGCCAAGGACACCGUGCUCUGCUGGCGCGACUUCCUCAAGCUCCUCAGCUGCCAGCCGCUCUGCGCCGUCGUCUCCUCAUGGCCCGACACCCCCAACGACCUCAGGGAAGUGGCGUCCAGGUUCGCCAUGGCGAGCCAUGGGUUGUUCAUGGAGCUCAUGGAGGCGGCGCUGGAGGCCCUGGGCAUCCCCGGCCGCGGCGUGCUCGGGGAGCUGGUGGUGGGGCACUCGCAGAUCAUGAUGAACUGCUACCCGGCGUGCCCGCAGCCGGAACUCACGCUGGGGCUACCGCCGCACUCGGAUUACGGCCUCCUUACGCUGCUGCUGCAGGACCACGAGGGCCUCCAGGUCAUGCACGACGGUCGCUGGCUCACCGUCGACCCUGUCCCGGGAUCCUUCAUCGUCAACGUCGGUGACCACUUCGAGAUCUACAGCAACGGACGGUACAAGAGCGUUCUGCACCGGGUGCGGGUGAACUCGACGCGGGCUCGCUUCUCGGUGGCGUCGUUCCACUGCCUGCCGGCGGAGCGGAUGAUCGGGCCGGCGGCGGAGCUGGUAGAUGAGGACAACCCGCGGCAGUACAUGGACACCUCCUUGGCCACCUUUUUCGCCUACCUCGCCUCCGGCGAGGGCGAUCAUUUCCUCCAGUCAAGGAAGCUAGCUGAAUGAUCCAAUCAGCUAAUAAUACUUUGCUAGUAGCUUAUGGCAUCGCUUAAUCUGGAGUCAGUCUAUUUAACUUCGAACGAUUCGAUUUUUCAGCCUCGGAUCUCCAAUCAACGUACCCGAUUUGUCUGCA